GACGAGGAGAUCUCCAGGAAGCUCCUUCGCCGGAGUGCUUUGUCGGCCGGUGAACAGGCCCUGAGAAGGCAGCUGCAGGCAGACCAGCCUGACCCAGACAACCACCACGCGCAGUCUUCUGUUACAAGGCGGGUCAGCACUGCGAGGCAGCAGUGGCAGAAGGAGGAGCAGUACAACGACCUCACGGCAGCGAUUCUCAGAAGCCUUAAGGUCCCGUUCAAGGACUUCUUCAUCGAAAAGCACUUCAACGAGGUCACCCAGGCCAAACGAGCGAGAGCAGGCUUCGUCGUCGACCUCUACGGCCCGGUUCGCGGCUUCUUCUUCGGCGCGACCGUCGACAGUUUUGACUACAAGUUCUGGCGGCCCGAGCUCAUCAAGCAGGACUUCCGGAUCUUCUGGCAGAUUCUCCGGGGCGACUUCGAGCUGAGCCAGCUCUACCUGUUCGAGGGCUGGAACGGAGAACGGCCGGAGACCUCAUGGAAACCGCUCCUUCGAGACCUGGAGCUGUGGGAGGCGGUGACGGACCUCCCAAAGGCCAAGAGGGGAGUCAAGCUUGUUCAGGCCCUUAGCGGGCCCGCUAAGGAGGCCGUGCAGUCCUUGACGGUCAGCGACCUCAUCGCCGAGGACGGGCUGAAGAAGGUCACGAAGGCGCUCAAGGAUGCCUUUGCUCCAUAUCAGGAGACGGCGCUUCCGAGGGCAAUGGAGUCUGCUAUCUUCGGGGCAGCACGCUCGCACAAGGAGAGUCUGCCCGAGUACAUUGUUAGAUUCCAGCAGGCGCAGGCCACCUUGAGGUCUGAGGGCGUCGACCUUCCGAACAAAGCAGCGGGCUACCUUCUGUAUCGCCAAGCCAAUUUGGACCGCGAUUCAGAGGCAAAGCUCACCACUUGGCUGCAAGGCACGUUCUUUGGAGAGCAAGAGCCAGAGCAAGACGAGGAGGACGAAUGGCCAGAGGAUGGCGACGACUACUUCCCGGUCUGGGACGAGGCCCAGGACAGCGUCGAACCGGACGAGAACGACGUCAUCGACGAGGAGGACCUGGUGGACGUGCUCGCCAGCUACCAGGACGUUCGGCAGGCCUUGAAGCAGACCAGGAAUGUUAGAGGCUUCUACCCCCCGCGCUUUCCAGGCGCAAAGGGCAAGAAGGGCCACGGCAAGGGAAGCUCCUUUGGUCCAGUCCCUGGAAAGGGGAAAGGUCCCGUGACGGAGUUUUUCACCGAGAGCGUUCCAGAUGCAAAAGUGUCCUUCUUGACUUCAGACCACAGCAGUGCAGAUGUGCCGUUCGUGGGUGUCAUAACUUCGAGUGCGGAAGCCAUUGUAGACACUGCAGCGCAAGAAGGUCUGAUAGGUCGUCCCGCUCUUCUUCGUCUUUUCGAGGCGCUUAGGAAGUUUGGGCUGAAAGGGCGGUGGACGGGUGAAGCUUCGGAGGCACGGGGCAUCGGAGGCGCGGCCAAGACCUUGGGGGUCGUGGAAGUUCCUGUGGGCAUAGGGCGCGUUCCGGGAGUUGUGGCGCUUACGGUGGUGACCGAAGAUGUCAUCCUACAGUCAGCGUUCUUGACUUUGGACAUGGUGCUGGCCGCCACGGACAAGGGGCAAGCAUACCGCAACUACUUGGAGAGCAAGAAGCCCACGGCCAUGACGCCGCUGGGCAUGGCUUCGGGCAGCUUCCUGGAGUUCGAGCGAGCCGAGGAGAACCUGACCUUAAUGGAGACUCAGGUCGGCGACCUCGACCAGACGACCCAGAACUAUGUCCGGGCGAUGAUAUCAGAGUACCGAAGGCUGAAGCUGUACGAGGAGGAGACAAGGCACCAGUCCAGGACCUUUGCAAGCAAGCAGAACCGGACCGAUUGGGAGAAAGCAGCAAGCAACCUCAAGGCGACGGCCAUCGAGUUGAACAAUUACCAGGCCAUGCUUGUGGUGCAGAGGAACCAGGAUGUGAAGGACCCGCUGGACGGCAUGACGACCAAGAGGGGUAAGGUCCUGAAGCGCGCAUCGCCAAACGUUCUCGAUUGCUGGAUCAAAGAGCGGCAACCUUUCUGCGAGGACUAUGUCGUGGCGUACAUCGUUCUGAACGAGCCGAAUCUCGUCAUCGGUGCCGAGUUCCCGGAGAACUACGCAGAGGCCGACUCGAAUGUGCUGGCGCAGGCGGUCAAGAACUACUUGAUCGAAAGCUUUCCUCCUGUCCCCAAGCUAAGGCUGAAGCUAAACGGCAUCACAGAGUUCGAGGCCUGGAAGCUGAUGGAAAGCAAGAGGCCAGGCCACAUCAUUCUGGACGUCGGCAACGUGAGGAACAACCUGGACAUGGCGUGCAGGUUGGCCCGGCACCAGCACGGACAAGGAGGCACCUAUGCCAUGUACCUGGACCCAAAGCAGGGUCCCUACUUCGAGAAGCACCACGGCUGGCAGCAUGCCAUAAAGGAGCUGGGGGCCAGCUACGAGACCGCCAACGGCGCGACUGUCUUGCGGAGCAGGAAGAGGACGUCUCCGAAUGGGAGUGUCGAGGCCUUUCCGGUGGAGGUCGCGUCGCCAGAGCAGGAAGCAGGCCAAGAGGGCCAGGAUGAAAAUGGAGUCCAGGUGCAGGAGCCGACUUUGCGCGAGAAGGAGGCCAUCGAAAAGCUUCACCGCAACUUGGGGCACCCGAACAACAAGGAGCUGUCAAGAGUUCUUGCGUUGUCAAGGGCGAAGCCGCGCCUGGUGCGAUGGGCAGCUCAAGAGCAUUACUGCCCCAACUGCGCAGCCCAUGGAGUGCUUAUUGCCGACCAAGGAACAGAAUUCUUGGCAAACUUUAAGGCCAAGUGCUCUGACCUCGGCAUCGUCCUGCACACGAUCGGCGCCAGAGCUCCUCACCAACAAGGACGGACGGAACGCCACGGGGCGCUCUUUAAAGCAGUCUUUCAGAAAGCUGUUUGGGACUGCCCUCCUCAGGAUCAUCAUGAAUGGCGUCUUCUUCUCAGGGAGACCGAGGCUGCGAAGAACAAGUCCUUUAAUCGAUCGGGAUUCUCCCCGGUCCAGCGCAUGAUGGGCCACGCGCCGCGCACCAAUGGGGAAGUAAUGUCGGACGACAUUAUUGACCCAGCCUUUCUGGGGCAAGGACAAGAGAUGGAGAAACUUCUCUCGGCAAGGCGGGCGGCUCAGAAAGCCUUUGUGGAGAUCAACACGUCCGAGGCUGUGAAGACCGCGCUUAGAAGCAGGUCAAGGGUGCAUAGGCGCUUUGCUCCAGGGGAAGUUGUGUUCGUCUGGAGGUCUUGGAAAGAGAAGGGGGUGCUCAAACCCUCGUGGGUUGGCCCAGCUGUGGUUUUGAUGCCUGAAGGAGCCAAUGCCUAUGUCAACACGCAAGGCCGUCUCUGGAAAGUUUGCAACGAGCACCUGCGCCUUGGAACUUCAGACGAGGUCCGCGGCAUCGAGGCGGUGCACGAGGUGUUCGAGGACCUCAAGCAAAGGUUCGACAGGGCUGGCUCCAGGAUCAUCGAGGACCAUACUCAAGAUCCUCUUCCCGAGAGCCGCAAGAGGAUGGCCAAGUUGGAGAAACGGACCGAGAAGGACUG